AUGAGCGAGGCUCCCGUCGCGAGUUCUGGCCACCUUGCCCGCAUCCGAGACAACCAGCGACGAUCGCGCGCGCGCCGCAAGGAAUACCUGCACGAGCUGGAGACGAAGCUACGGAGCUGCGAGCAGACAGGCGUCGAGGCCUCCGCCGAGAUCCAGGAUGCCGCUCGACGUGUGUUGGAGGAGAACAAACGCCUUCGCGCCCUGCUACGAGCGCGGGGCGUGUCUGAGUCUGAAAUAGUCGCCGUCAUGGGUAGCCAUGUCCAAACCCCUGAGCAUGCUUCUGCGGCGCCAGUCCUGGACUCGAUGCUGGGACAGAAGAGGGCGUGCAGUGGGCAGAGGUCCUGUGGCGGUGUUCCAUGUGUACCGCCGGGAGCAACAAGCAUGCCUCUUCCUCCCACACUCUCGCUGUCCCACCAGCGCUCGAUGAGCCUGGAUACCGGGAACGCAUCUGCCAGUCCACACUCAAUCGGCUCGAGUAGCAUCGAUACGCCUACUAGCAUCUCCACUCCAACCUUCCCGCAUAUGCCGAUGGCGACCUCACAGCCAGAAAUGCCCGACGAAUCCUUCCAGCACGUGAACUACGCCUACGAGAUACCAAGCGCACAAUGGACGUAUCCUCAGGAGACGAGCUACCUGCCGGAUCAAUCACUAUAUAACAACACUUCGUCUUGUGUGUAUGCCGCAAACAUCAUUCGAAGCAUGAGGUCCGAUGUCGGAGUCGAAUUGGAAGCUGAUCUAGGAUGUCGCGAGCUGGGUGCUGAUUGCGCCGUAGACAACUCAGUCGUGUUCAGUGCGAUAGAUAAAUACGCAGAUCACAGCCCUGGAGUUUAG